UUCAACUUGCAAAGAAUUGCAUACACCAGAUAUUUCUGAUAAAUCAUUCUCAUAUAGUAAUGAAAUUGCUGGUAAUGACAUGUUAGCUGCUUUAUCGGAAGUUAUCUCAGAAAAAAUAUGGGAUGAAUUGUCAGAAGUGGGAGUUAUAAUAGAUGAAUCCACUGAUAUAACUAUUACAAAACUUAACCAAGUCAAAAUUACAUAA